AUGACAACUCCACCUCCAUCACCAACGUACCCUGCUGGUUUUGGGUUUGACACCCCCCCUCACGCAGCAAAAGGUUCCAAUGGAGAUUUUGAGGAGUUCACAUUUGAAGAUCUACUCAAGCUGGAUCUACAGAGCCCAUUGGACAGUCCCCACACAGUGUUCAAGACACUGUGUGACAACAUGCUCUUUGAGGCAAACCACCUUACAACGCAGAGCCAGACCACUGAUCCUCUGCCUUCCCUUUCACCUCUACCUUCAUCGCCAACACACCCUGCUGGUUUUGGGGUUAACACCCCCCUCAUUCACGCAGCAGAAAGUUUCGAUGAAGAGGCUCUGGAGUUCACAUCUGAAGAAGUACUCGAGCUUUUUGGCCUAGAGAGCCCAUUGGACAGUCCCCGCACAGUGUUCAAGACACUGGCUAGAUGUUGUGACCUGCUGACAGAUGACAUGCUCUAUGAGGCAGACCACCGUACUACACAGAUCCAGUACACUGACCCUCUGCCUUCCUUUUCACCUCCAUCCCCAACAUACCCUGCUGGUUUGGGGUUUAACACCACCCCUCACCCAGCAAACAGUGGGGCUGGACAGUUUGCAGAGGUCACAAGUGUUGAAGAUGCUCUUCAGCUCUUUGACCAUCAGCAUGCAUGUGCCAGUCCCGCUGUUUCUCUUCCCACAGCCUCCAACUCUAGGUAAGUAUUGAUUCAAAUUAUUCAAACUUUAUUUUAUUCAUAAACGAUCAUGAUAAUAAGCAAAGAGAAUGGAAAUGACAUUAGGCAUACCUUAACAUUUAUUCAAUUAAAAAAGUUUGAUAGAGCAACAACAUUAACUUUCUCUCUGAUUUUGACCAACAGGAAAAGAAAAAGGGAAAUGGAGCAGGAGGACAGCGGAUACAUCAAAAAGCCACCAAAUGCCUUCAUGAUCUUCAUGAGGAUGUACAGAAAACAUGUACCAGCUGAAGUUGCAGAGAAAGGGAGCGCAGAGACGAAUGCUUUCCUCGGCCAGUGGGUAAGUGUGUCAGGACAUGGUUCACUCGGGUUUAAAUAAAUCAAAGAUUUUUACUUCAUCUUUUCACUGUAACUGUUAAUGUUGCUUUUUAUUCACUGUCUCAUGUAAAGAACUUUUAAAAGGUAUGAAAGUUUGCAUAGAGGAAAUGUCGUACACUCACUAAUGAGUACCCGGUGUGCACCUGGUGUUGUUCAUGUGCAAGUGGAUGAUCCAGUUUGGAAAUGAGUGUGUUUCUGACAAUAUGUUUUUGUCUGUUCACAGUGGAAUGAGCUUACAGAGGAACAGCGAGGGGACUUUAAAGAAAUGGCCCGAGUGGAAAAGGAAGAACACAGACGGCUGUAUCCUGGUUGGUCAGCCAUCAACAACUAUGUAAGUACACAAUCUAUGCACAGCAGCAUCACAAAUGUUGUGAUGUGAGCGUGAGAUUUCAAAAGCAGCUUUAUACUACUGACACUGUAUAGUCUGGUGUUACCAGGUCAGAAAAGUAACAAUGUUAUGUUGUUUUUCAGGGCAAGAAAAAGAAAAGGAUGAGGAAAAGUGCACCAGCUGCAACUGAACCAUUUUACCCCUCGUCCGGCCAAGAGGGUGUAAAUACUGCAACCCCUCUGCUGUACUUCGGGAUGAUGGGACCAAACACAGGGAUGUGGCAAAAUCCUCUUCAGCCACUUGCUGUGCUCCCAGCAGCACAGACCCCCUUCCCUGCAUCUGUUAACCCCCAAAGUCUCCUGCCCCAAGUGUUCCAGAUCAUCCCUGUGUCCUCAUUGCCACAGACACCCUACAAGCCAUUUUAA